AUGUCUUCUACUAAGCAAAAAUCUGCCAGAUUUCAGAAUGACCUUGAUAUUGCAAAAUCUGGAUCAUACAAUGCGGCGAAAUUCUUCAAAACUAUCUCCAUGAAGAAUCACGAACAAACGUCUAAGUCAAAGUCUGAUAAGCCAGAGAUAGAGCCAAAAAUGAAGGUGUUCCGAAAGAAAAAGCUUUCAAGAGUAUUUUCGGAGGACUAUGAGGGGCUGAAAAUGAAGAUACUAGAUCCUCGAGGACGUCCCAUAAACAUAUGGAACAAAUGUUUCCUAAUUGCUUCUCUUACUUCUCUAUUUGUUGAUCCAUUGUUCUUCUAUUUACCAUGCGUUGACGACGAAAUCUGCAUGGAUGCAAGUCAUCCGAUGGAGAUAGUCCUUACAGUCAUUCGAUCAGUGAUAGAUGCAUUUUAUCUGGUUCAGAUUUUAGUUCAGUUUCGAACAGCUUAUGUUGCACCUUCCUCUCGCGUUUUUGGAAGAGGAGAACUAGUCAUUGAUUCUUCAAAGAUUGCUUCAAGGUAUCUGCGGAAGGAUUUUUUGCUCGACGUGUUGGCUACUCUUCCUCUUCCUCAGGUUUUGAUUUGGGCUGCUAUCCCAUCUCUGAGAGGUUCGAACGGGAUUGGUGCAAAGCACGCCUUGCGCCUAACUAUCAUUUCUCAGUUUCUCUUAAGGCUAUGCUUGAUUUUUCCGCUUUCAUCUCACAUUAUCAAGACAACCGGCGUAAUGGUGGAAGCUGCUUGGGCCGGGGCAGUUUAUAACCUAGUGCUCUUCAUGCUGGCAAGUCAUGUCAUGGGAUCUUGCUGGUACCUUUUGUCUGUGGAGAGACAAGAACAAUGUUGGAAGCAAAUUUGUGAUCAACAACAACCGCAUUGCCAGUAUUGGUAUUUUGACUGUCAGAGGAAGAACGAUACAAGUAGAAUCGCGUGGUAUCAGUGGAGCAAUAUAUCUAUAUUAUGUGGUCCUAGCAGCAAAUUUUUCCAAUUCGGAAUCUUUAACGAUGCACUGACUUAUCGCAUUACACAGUCAUCGUUCUUGAACAAGUACGCGUAUUGUUUCUGGUGGGGCUUGAGGAACCUAAGCUCUCUUGGGCAGAAUCUCUUGACUACUACUGACAUUAAUGAAAUCAAUUUUGCUGUUGUUCUUGCCAUACUGGGAUUAUUGCUUUUCGCAUUACUUAUUGGCAAUAUGCAGACUUUCCUUCAAUCAACUACUAUGAGACUAGAAGAAUGGAGGAUCAAGAGGAACGAUAAAGAAGAAUGGAUGCAUCAUCGCCAACUCCCCCACGAUCUAAAGGAAAGGGUCCGCAAAUAUGAUGUGUAUAGGUGGGUGACAACUAGAGGCUUUGACGAAGAAGCCAUCGUUAAAAGCCUUCCGGUGGACCUCAGAAGGGACAUCAAGCGUCAUCUUUGUCUUGAUCUAGUUCGUCGAGUUCCUUUGUUUGAUCAAAUGGACGAGUGUAUCUUAGAUGCAAUAUGUGAAAGGUUGAAACCUUUUCUAUAUACUGCAAGAACUUGCCUCGUUCGCGAGGCUGAUCCUGUGAAUGAAAUGCACUUCAUUGUAAGAGGCCAUUUAGAUUCUUACACUACCGAUGGAGGGAGAACCGGGUUCUUCAAUUCGUGCCAACUAGGUCCGUGUGAUUUUUGUGGUGAAGAAUUACUAACAUGGGCACUAGACCCUCGUCCAAGCAUCAUCCUCCCGUCCUCUACACGUACAGUGACAACUAUCACUGAAGUGGAAGCGUUUGCAUUGGCUGCAGAGGACGUGACAUUCGUGGCAUCACAGUUCCGUAAGCUGCAUAGCAAACAGCUAAGGCACACGUUUAGGUUUUACUCGAACCAGUGGAGGACUUGGGCUGCAUGUUUUAUACAAGCAGCUUGGUUUCGGUACAAGAAAAGGAAAGAGGCUGCUGAACUUAAAGCUAAGCAGAGUCCCCUGGCUGCUCCUCCUGAAUCACUAGAGGAACGAAGAAGCGUGUCGUUGGGCCAAAAGGCUUCAGAAUUUGCUUUGUAUGCUGCAACAUUGGCAGCAAGCAAAAGAAAGGGCGGAAGCAUGAGGGGAGAACUUGAAAUCAUUAGCUCAUUGCAAAAGCCUGUGGAACCUGAUUUUGCCAUUGAGGAUAGAUGAAGGGAAAUGCUGGAGCAAGAGGCGGAGCUAGAAUUUCUAGUUUAUGGGUUCUAAAUAGAUAAUUUAUACAUAUUAAAUGACGGUUGUUAAUACAAAUGCCGGGUUUGAGGCAACGCUUCUGGGUUUUCCUGAACUUGUAGCUUUAAGGCUUGCUCCGCCCCUGGUUGAGCACUUCAAA